UCCCACCCGCCAGGAGAGGAAGCCAGCGGCCCGUUCUCUGCGUCCAGGGAAAAAGCCCUAGCCAUGAGCAAUCAGUACCAGGAGGAGGGCUGCUCCGAGAGGCCCGAAUGCAAAAGUAAAUCUCCAACUUUGCUCUCCUCCUACUGCAUCGACAGCAUCCUGGGCCGGAGGAGCCCGUGCAAAAUGCGGCUGCUGGGAGCCGCUCAGAGCUUGCCCGCCCCGCUGGCCAGCCGCGCCGACCAGGAAAAGGCCGUGCAAGGCUCCCCCAAGGGCAGCAGCGCCCCGUUCGAGGCCGAGCUGCACCUGCCGCCCAAGCUGCGGCGCCUGUACGGCCCGGGCGGGGGCCGCCUCCUCCAGGGCGCCGCGGCGGCGGCGGCAGCGGCUGCGGCGGCGGCGGCGGCGGCGGCCACGGCCACGGCGGGUCCGCGGGGGGAGGCCCCUCCGCCGCCGCCGCCGGCGACCGCGCGGCCCGGGGAGCGGCCGGACGGCGCGGGGGCCGCCGUGGCCGCCGCGGCCGCGGCCGCCGCGGCCUGGGACACGCUCAAGAUCAGCCAGGCGCCGCAGGUGAGCAUCAGCCGCAGCAAGUCGUACCGCGAGAACGGGGCGCCCUUCGUGCCGCCACCGCCCGCGCUGGACGAGCUGGGCGGCCCGGGGGGCGCCGCGCACUCGGACGAGCGCCUCGGCGCGGCCGGCGGCCCCGGUGGCGCCCCGGCGGCGGGUGGCGGCACGGGCGCCGAGGACGACGAGGAGGAGCUGCUGGAGGACGAAGAGGACGAGGACGAGGAAGAGGAGCUGCUGGAAGACGACGAGGAGGAGCUGCUGGAGGACGACGCCCGCGCGCUGCUCAAGGAGCCCCGGCGCUGCGCGGUGGCCGCCACUGGUGCGGUGGCCGCCGCCGCUGCCGCCGCCGUGGCCACCGAGGGCGGGGAACUGUCGCCCAAGGAAGAGCUGCUGCUGCACCCAGAGGACGCUGAGGGCAAGGACGGCGAGGACAGCGUGUGCCUGUCUGCGGGCAGCGACUCGGAGGAGGGGCUCCUGAAGCGCAAACAGCGGCGCUACCGCACCACGUUCACCAGCUACCAGCUGGAAGAACUGGAGCGGGCCUUCCAGAAGACGCACUACCCAGACGUCUUCACCAGGGAGGAACUGGCCAUGAGGCUGGACUUGACUGAGGCCCGAGUCCAGGUCUGGUUCCAGAACCGUCGAGCCAAGUGGCGCAAGCGGGAGAAGGCGGGCGCGCAGACCCAUCCUCCGGGGCUGCCCUUCCCCGGGCCGCUGUCGGCCACGCACCCGCUCAGCCCCUACCUGGACGCCAGCCCCUUCCCCCCGCACCACCCCGCGCUCGACUCGGCCUGGACGGCCGCCGCCGCCGCCGCCGCCGCCGCCUUCCCGAGCCUACCUCCGCCCCCGGGCUCGGCCAGCCUGCCGCCCAGCGGGGCGCCGCUGGGCCUGAGCACUUUCCUCGGAGCCGCCGUGUUCCGGCACCCGGCCUUCAUCAGCCCUGCGUUCGGCAGGCUCUUUUCCACCAUGGCCCCCCUGACCAGCGCGUCGACCGCGGCCGCGCUCCUGAGACAGCCCACGCCGGCCGUGGAGGGCGCGGUGGCGUCGGGCGCGCUGGCCGACCCGGCCACGGCGGCCGCAGACAGACGCGCCUCUAGCAUAGCGGCGCUGAGGCUCAAGGCCAAGGAGCACGCCGCGCAGCUCACGCAGCUCAAUAUCCUGCCGGGCACCAGCACGGGCAAGGAGGUGUGCUAA